AUGGCCGCUGCACUCUCUCUGUGUUCCACUCUCACCCCAAAGCUUUCCAACAGUCGAGCUGCGGCGCCAUUUUUUCACACAAGGAACAAUCUCUCCUUUCUCUCCCACCACACUCUCUCGUCCCUGACACUCACGACGCGCAAACGGCCCUCGUUGUCCUUCACCGCGAAAUUGACGGGCUCGGAGAGCGCGGUUUCUGCGAGUGAGCCCGAAACCGAGAACUCGGGCCCGGAGGAUGUGCCAGAGAGUGAUCCCAGUGCGGAAAUUGCUCAGCCCAAGAGAGAGGAAGUGUUCGCUGUCGUGAUGGUGGGAUCAAGGCAGUACAUUAUGUUCCCUGGACGCUUUAUCUAUAUACAGAGGCUCAAAGGUGCCAGUGUGAAUGAUAAGAUCAUUCUGAAUAAAGUCUUGCUUGUGGGAACAAAAACGAGCGCGUACAUUGGGAAACCGCUUGUGCCAAAUGCCAGGGUAGAGGCCAUUGUUGAGGAACAAACAUUGGAUAAGAAAGUUAUUGUGUUCAAGUAUAAGAAGAAGAAGAACUACCGAAGAAAUAUUGGACACAGACAGCCUAUCACAAGAAUACGAAUUACAAGCAUCACAGGAUACCAAGACUCACCUGUUGUCACUCUUCCUCCAGCAAUGAUGACCUCUUAA